UACAAAAUUUUAUACAAAUUACUAGCAAAAUGAACUCUUCUGGAGAGCUGCAUCCAAACUGGCUGGCACUAACCACCCUUCCACUACAACUAAAGCGCUUUGUUCGUGCAGGAAAUCCGGAUUUUGUUUCCGAUUCCUUAAAAGUGACAAAACACCAAAUUAAUGGAUUGAACGGAGAGGAGGCUCAGGAGUUCUACAAGGAGGUAUUGGAUGCUCCUGCUACCCCCCGAGUUCCAGUUCCAACUUCUAGCAAGGCGAAGGAUACAAGGAGAGUCCCUAAGCAGCCCCAACUUCCAUUUGAUAAGAGCAAAUUCUUCCGUUGGGCCACAAGCAACCAAGUGGAGAAGCUUUCACAAAUGGAAAUAUCCGAAGAAAGCCUCAACUCCCGUGACUCCUUUGGCUGGACUGCCCUGAUGAUGGCUACCUGUGAGGGAGCCACUGAAGCUGUAGCUUGGCUUCUUCAGAAAGGUGUCGAAGUGGAUAUAGCAGACAAAUCUGGGAAUACAGCUUAUAAGCUGGCCCAGCAAAAAGGGCACUCGGAAAUAAUAAAUUUAUUAGAAACAAAAUCUUACACCGAAGCAGCGAGCGAUGAAGAGGAAUCCAUGGAUGUCAAGAGCCCAUUUUACUGUGAAAUCUGCAAAAGGGACUACAAGGAGACUCCCUGGCCAGUUCAUCAAACCUCCACUGUGCAUCAGUUCAAUCUUGAAGCACUGCCCGCCCAUAAACUGCACAAGUUUAAUAUAUCUGCCAAGAACCGGGGUCUGCAGUUGAUGCUCAAACAGGGCUGGGACCAGGAGCACGGACUGGGACCAAGUCAAGGUGGACGAUUGUAUCCUAUAAAAACAGUUCUCCGCAAGCAACGAACAGGAUUGGGAAUCGAACAGCAGCCGGCGAGAGUUACCCACUUCGGGGCCUUUGAUUUAAACGCUGUUAGAAGAAGGGCUCCCAUACAUCAGCCAAGGCGAACGCGGAAUGAUAUGCAGCGGGAGAAAGUCAAGGAAUGGAAACGGGAGCGUCACCUACGAAGGGAACUUAGCUAAUUCUUAUUAAUAAGAUUGUUUUAAAGUUUAAUAGGAAGUUAGUUUAAGACUUAAACUUUAAGUUGUUAUCUGAAUUAACAUGUUUGUCGACGUUUGUCGUUCAGUAAAGUUAAAUCGACAGCUUUUUUACAUAUUUUCAAACAACACUUUAUAAAGUUAUCAACAAAACCA